AUGUUCUACAGGCAACGACAAGCAUAUUCUUCAAAAGCAGAACAAGCUUUUAUACAGAGGGUACGAGAACAAGAAAAGAAGAGCAUUGAUAAGGUUCCGGAAUGGGAAAAGAGAGAGGUAUCACUUAAGAAAAGGUAUGGCAACUGGAAUCCAACCAGAAAGUUGUCUCGUCAGCAAAUAAGCGAUAUAAGAAACUUAAGCAGUCAGAUGCCCCAACUCAAAACUGUGGACUUUGCGAAGCACUACAAAAUUUCACCCGAAGCCGUUAGGCGAAUACUUAGUUCAAGUUGGAUCCCUAAAGAGAGUGAAGAGUCCAAGAUCUUGGAGCGAGGUGAAAAACGCAAAACAGAGAGAAGGCUCGAGAAGCAAGAGAUAGCAAACGAGAUCCAAAAGGCUCGGUCAAGGUUCUCACACGCGAAAAGUAUCAAUCUAAACGACAUCACUAUUAACAACGAUAAUCUGUACUCGAGGAAAGUUUUGAGCCAAGAAGGGAAAUUCAAGUACGAUAGUAAUAACAGUCAUGGUUUUUAUAAUAAGAAGUUGAAGAAGAAGAAUUCAAGAAAACCUUUUUCGCAAAGCGUGAGUGAUGUCAUCGAUUGA